AUGACUGAGAAUCUAUCAUUGGAGGUUGGAGCAAGAGAAUAUUUUGGAAAUGAGGAUAGUUUGAUGGAAUUUGAGAAAACAAGGCACCAAAACAGUAGUUCUGAAGAUGCUAAACGAUCCAACCCGUUUGAUGUGCUAUAUGAGCCACAUAAGGUACAUUCUCCGAGUCAUUAUAGUACUCCCUUGAGUCAAUCAUUUCGGUAUCUUGAAAUGGAGCAUAACAAUGCAAUGAAUGGGAACAGAGGUACACAUGAAACAACGCAUAGUAACAUUGUCACGAUUCUUGAUUCGACUGACAGUGUUAACAGAAGUGGAUCAAUGAUCUCAAGAUCGGCAACAUUGAGAAAUAGAAACAGGAUAAAGUCAAGGAAUAAAAUGGUAAGAAAAAAUGAACAAGGCUCAAGUCCUGAGAAACCCAAACAAAAGUCAAAAUUGGCCUUCUUGUUUCCAGUUAAGAGGGAAAAAUCUUUGAAACAAAAGCCAAGGUAUGUACCAUUGAAUAGGUCGCCUAAAUUCUCCAAUUCUCAAGAAUUUCAAAAGUUUUUUGAUAAAUCGAAUGCUGCUGAUUUAUUAGCGGAAAUGCUACCCCAAAAAAUAAACCACUUCAAAUACAAAAGGUUAUUUCUUCCUGAUCCUAAAUUAGUAACUUCAAGCGCAUAUUAUCAGAUUACCAGAAAUAAUUCAUUUGUAAUCAACCCCAAAACACAAGCUUCCAAGAUGAUUAUUUCACUGCCUCUCAAAGAUACCUUUACAAAAAACGGUGUGAGGAACGCACCAGAUCUUGACCAAAAAUUUACAACUCAAGACUUUAGUUCUCAAGCUUAUAACAAAUACAGGACUAGUGUUUUCUCAAAUAAAUUAAACUCAGUUCCUACCUUCUACCAAUUAUUUCCAGAAGAGGUCAACCUAGGUAUGAUAAAUGCUUCAGAACUGAUGCAUAUUAAUAGAAAGUUGUUAUUCGAGGUAUUGUUGAGAAGAACAGUGGCAGCAAAAAUUGACUAUAGAUUAAAACAUAACGGCUAUUAUAAUAAGAAAUCAAGUAAUGAAACAUCCAGUAAAAAUGAUACAACUUCAGGCUCAAGUUCGGGAUCAUCAUUUGAUAACGAACGUUUUGAUAAUCAGAACUUACCAAAGUUAUCUAAGUCGCAUACAAACUCAUCAUCUAAUGACGAAUCAAUUGAUACAGAUGAAUUACUACAGCAAAAUGCAUCAUUAUAUUCAGGUGUAUUACCAUCUCCACAAAUAAGUUACUCGUCAAGAAUUGAAUUGGAUUGUCUCGUUUCCGAAAUACUGGAUUCACCUAAUUUCUUACCCUUGCAUAAGACAAUCCAAAAAAAGAAUUGUUCCAGUUCUUCAGUAUAUUCUACGCCCCAAACAAAUUCUUUCGUAAAUAAUGGAAAAUUCACACCAAUGGCUUAUGUGGAGUCACCGGAUCUGUUGUACAUGGCUACAUUUAGAAAGCAACUUAAUACCGAGCAAAACCCAAGUCAGACAAGAUUACCCUCAAUAAAUACGAAUCAAACAAUACAUUCUAGAGGUGAUUAUAAACGACACGCUGUGAUUAGUCAGGACGAACCAAAGUCAGAGAUCUUUUUAGAUUCCUCCGACAAUUCACCUAGCUUGAAGACAAAGCGCAAAUCACUAACAAGUACAAAUACUUCAAUUUUGCAGGAGUUAGAAGACUUAUCUAGUGAACUUUCUUCGUACGCUAUUGGGUAUGAUGAAAUGGCACAGAACUUGCGUUAUUCACCACAAGAUGAAAGUUUGAGUGUUCCAGUGCAACCACAUCACAACUUAAUUCAAUCAAUUGAAGCAUCAAACGAUUCUGUUGGUUUAAGAUCUGCUAACUCAACACUUCCAAUAAGAAGUGAAAGUCCUGUCGCUGAUAUUAAAUCAAUGAGAGCCUCUAUUUCAAUUAUUGGCUCAUUAAGUGAUUCAAGCUCUAAUUCUUCAUCUAAUAAAAAGGCAUCUCUUCAAGAAGCUAUCAUUGCACAUAACCUAAAUUCAAUUGACGCUAACAUAUCAACAGUUGCUUUGAAAUCGAUAAGUUCAAAUACAGGUUCAAGGUUAAACACUCCUGUAAUAUAA